UAUAAUAUUACUCCGUUAUUGUUUAGUUAAAAAAAAAAAGCUUUUCGUAGUAGAUUUGGUAUUUCUGCAGUUUAGAAGUGAGCUUGUACAGUUGUAGUUAUGGUGAACAUGUCAUUCAGAGCUAGAUUGGCACUUGUGCAGUUCUGCUAGAUCGAGACAUGAAGUCAGUUUGUACGGAUAAAACAGAGUAGUACUACUCCGUACCAACAAUAGUACAAUGUAAUCUGAUUAUUACUCUUAGUUUGUGAAAAUCAGUUAAUUCAGUCAAAUGUUUCCAAUUUUCAGAUUAACCAUAUUUCUGACAUCAUACAACCGAACCCACUUCAUAAACCGUUCAUUUCAAACAUCCUCAGAUUCUUACAUCAAAUGCAUCGAAAAUUACACUCUAAAUCGAUCUUUAAUGUCGGGUAAAGCGUUACAUGCUCAUUUGAUCAUCAAUGGCUCAGCUAAUUUAAGUCAUAUUGCUUCCAAGCUCAUUGCACUGUAUGUCGAAUGUCGGGAAUUGGGUAUUGCACACCAAGUGUUCGAUGAAAUGCCUAAGAGUAAUUAUCGACGAUGGAUAGCCCUUAUUGGGGCGUAUGCUAAAUGUGGGUUUUACAGGCAAGCAUUGGUUUUUUUACGUGAGAUGGUUGCAGAAGGUGUAAAGCCUAACAAUUUUGUGCUUCCUAGUGCUCUUAAAGCUUGUGGACAUCUGUUAGAAAGGCGGACCGGAGAGGAGAUACACGGGUUCAGUUUGAGGAGUUCGUUUGAUAGUGAUGUUUUUGUUGGUAGUGCUCUUAUAGAUACGUACUUGAAAUGUGGGUUUGUUGAUAAAGCGAGGAAGGUUUUCGACAACAUGAUUGAGAAGGAUAUGGUUGCUCUGAAUGCUAUGGUUGCAGGGUAUGUUCAUGCAGGGUUAGUGAAAGAGGCAUUGAGUUUUGUAGAGAAUGUGCAAGUGAUGAAAUUGAGGCCUAAUGUGGUCACAUGGAAUACUUUGAUUGCAGGAUUUUCGCAAGCAGGGGAUAGUUUAAUGGUAGAUGAGCUUUUCCAAGUGAUGCGCGAUAACAAGAUUGAGCCAGAUGAAGUGUCAUGGACUUCUAUCAUAUCAGGAUUAGUGAAGAAUUUUAAAAAUAAUGAAGCCUUUGUCACAUUCCGAAAAAUGAUGGAUUCUGGAUGUUUUCCGAAUACAAAUACUGUCAGCACUCUGUUAUCUUCUUGUGCUAAUGUAGCAAAUGUGUCAUGGGGGAAGGAGAUUCAUGGUUUUGCUUUGGGGGUUGGACUAGAGCAGGAUAUAUAUGUGCAAAGCGCGCUUAUAGACAUGUAUGCUAAAUGUGGAUGUAUAUCUCAGGCAUCAACUUUGUUUCGUAACAUGACUAGAAGGAAUACCCCUACAUGGAACUCGAUGAUCUUUGGAUAUGCUAACCACGGUUAUUGUAAUGAAGCAAUAGAACUUUUCAAGAGGAUGCAAAUUGAGGAUGCAGGGAAGCUCAGUCACUUGACAUUCACUGCAGUGCUAACAGCCUGUAGUCACGGUGGGAUGAUAGAGCUCGGAAGAACCUUAUAUGAAUCAAUGCAAGAGGAUUAUAACAUUAAGCCGAGACUUGAGCAUUAUGCAUGUAUGGUAGAUCUUCUUGGUAGAGCAGGAAAAUUAACCGAGGCUUAUGAUUUAAUCAACGCAAUGCCUAUUCAACCUGAUUUGUUCGUAUGGGGAGCAUUAUUAGGAGCCUGUAGACAGCAUGAUAACAUAGAGCUAGCAGAAGUAGCAGCAAAACACCUGUCAGAACUCGAACCUAAGGGUUCUGGGACAAGUUUAUUGUCAAAUUUAUACGCCGGAGCAGGAAGUUGGGGAAAUGCCGCAAGACUAAAGAAGCUGAUGAAGAAGAAGAGAUCGAAUAGUUUUCCCGGGUGCAGCUGGAUAGAGGCUGCCUGAUACACAACAGCUUCCCUAAGAAGGGGUGAACAAAGACAUCCAUAUAUUGUACCUAAAUGGAAACAAUUUCUGUUGUUUAGAUUAUGUAUACAUUAAACCUAAGUGUAAUCUCACAUCAUCAUUAUCUAGAAUGUCACCUUUGACAACCCAAAAGGUCACUUUAUCCACUUAAAAAAUAAUUUAAGUUAGUAGGGUGAUGACUCUGAUGAGCAAGUACUUUAUUUUUGUGCAAAUUUGCUAACAAAAAAGCAGCACUUUUUUUUUUGUUUUGGAAUUGUGUCAUUUUUGGGUUUGUUUCAUCUUUAUUAAUUAAUCCUUUCUACUUUGGAGUUAGAACUCUUACAUCAUCUCAAAACCGCAAUUUGCCAUUAAAUUUGUUAUUGGGAAGUUUGGUCGUUCUUGCUUAAUCAAAUUAUUUUAUACCAAGUACUAUAGUAUUAUUAUUCAAGGAAUCAUGUCUAAUUAUUAUGGAUAAGAUUUUUAAUUACAGCAAGUUGCAAGAAGAAGAUAUGGUGGUCCCUUCCAGAUCGAUCUGUUGGGCUGUUGGCAAAUGAGGAUGGUGUUUUAGGUUCUUGACAAGGUCAUGUUUUCAUGAGUUAUUAAUGACCCCUAAACUUAUUUUUUUUUUGCAAAUGGCAUGUCGUAAGAAAAUAACCUCAUUGACUUUGACACAUGACACUUAACAACCCUUUAACCCUCGUUGUAAAUCUGUAAUUCGUUACUGAUUUAUAUAAACUUACAUGAUCUUAAACUUUUAACACAAAAAUUGGUAAGUUGGUAACACUAAAGACUUCUAUUAAUAACUCGAAUAUUAUAAUAACCAACAAAAAUACAUUGAUCUUGAUAGUUAAAAUCUUUCACAGUGAUUGCUCAAGAAAAUUUGAAAGUACUUUAUGACCUUUUUGACUUUUCACUCUUGCAUUUUUUACAAGAGUUGGUAAACCUCUAAUACAUCAUAAUUUUUAAUCCUGAAAACAGCAUCCUCACAAUAUUUUCUAAUAUUGAUACAUAAACACAUUUAAAACAAAGCUGAUAUUCGAUAUUCAUCCUAUAUAGACUAACCAUCUUAGCGUAGCCACACAAUCAACUAUCAACUAUUGCACAAAAGCACUAUAUGUGCAAAGGGACCAGAGUACAAAGCUUUGCAUCAAUUAAAUAUUUAAAUGUAUAUAACUUUAUUGUUGUAUAAAAAUAUUGCAAUGACAGCUAAGGUAAGAUAUUAUUGUCGUUAUAUUAUCAUAAAACAAAUAGAAAGAGAAAUUAACAACACAUUAAACUGUAUACCCUUUUCACCGGAAUAAAUUGAACUUAAAUAUGAAGUAUCGCUUAUUAAACCUAAAUUUGAAUUAUCGAAAUUUAGUUUUUACAAACUUGUUUUACCUGAAAACGCCCUCGGUUAAUUUACACAAGUUGUGUUUUAUUUAUACGUACAAAUUUUUGCAAGGGGUAGGAGAGUUUUAGCCACCAAUACAGCUCAUAAAGAUUUAAUCAAUCAAACACUUGAAGCUCGGAAAAAUGGACCACCAACCACUUGAGGGUUAUCUACAAAGACCACAUGCAUUUUUGUAAAAAGCAAGACCUUGGAAAAUCCUAAAUUUCUGAUUUAGAGUUAAAGCUUAUAAGAAUCCCAUGUUCAAACCAUAAAAGAUAAGUGUCACCUUCGGCCUCCACCUUUAGAUUUUCAGUGAUUUUAGUCCAAGAAACAUAUAUCACACUUCUUACUUCCCAGGUUCUACUCAAUCUAAACUUCUAAAGCAAAAUGCAUCAUAUUCGCCCGAUUGAUACCUCUGGUGAUAUUUUGUUGCAAACGACCCUCUAACUCAUGAUCGUACCUCCUUUUCCUAUUUCAUACUACCCUGAAUUGGUAAAGCAUCACCCCUCCUGCCACCACCCACCCUCUAACAUACCCAUUUGAAUCCAAUCAACAUCUUCGGAGAACAUAAACUGGAUGCAUUGACUCUCAGCUAUCUAUCCUAAGAAAGAAGAGAAACUGCCAGAUUAGUAAAUGUGAUAUGAAAAUAUUGCAUCUAACAACCCCAAAUAACCCAAACAUUCCCCCUAUAAGCAUAUCAUAGUUAUAAAUUAGGCAAGCCACCCCUUGACCCAAAAAACUCCCAUAAUCUUAAGGCAACCUAAUCUUAACCCUGAGAUUGGCCUUCAACUUCUGUACAGAACACAAAGACAUAUAUGUAUAUAAGAUGAUGCUCAUC